UUAUCCCUUAUCCUUUGGGUAUAAAGCUGGAAUACCCCUUUAAGUAGUAGUAUUAUAGUGGAGUAGUAUUAUAAAAUAGUCUUGUACAUAGAAGCGGUAUAUAAUUAAUUUAUUCUUAUAUGUUUUUUAAUAUUUUUGCCCCCUAUUUUAGGAAAGUUUAACUGAUAAUAAUAGUUCUUUGCCUGAAAUUGUAAUCAUUCUUGGAUAUGUGAUUGUAUGUGAUUGUAUAGGACACUUGCCAUACAAUGGACCUAAAGGCCUACCUCCAGAGGGUGAAUUUGAGGCACUGUGCACCUUCUUCAUUCUCAUCAUUACGAGAAAUACACCGCCACCAUGUACACUCUGUGCCCAUAGAAAGUCUCAGCAUGCAUAGUGGAGAAAAAAUAAUCCUGGACUUUUCAUGGAUAUACGAAAAAAUUGUUGUAAGGCGACGAGGUGGUUUCUGUUAUGAGAACAAUGGUCUUUUCUUAUGGGUGCUACAACAACUGGGCUACCACCCAAAAGUGCUUGCAGCCAGGGUGCUUGACCCAAAACUUGGCAUUUAUGGCCCACCAUUUGACCAUAUAUUAAUGACAGUAGAACUAGAAGGAAGGAUAUGGCUUUGUGAUGUCGGUUUUGGGGAAGGAAUCAUUGAGCCAAUUCCCCUGGAGGAUGGAUGGGAAGAGGAGCAGGACAACAAUGUGUUUCGUUUACGUGUAGAAGGAGAUGAGUGGUACUUGGAGAGGAAGGAGGAGGAAGUCUGGAGAAUUCUCUUCAAGUUCACCCUAGAGGAGUGGACACUUGAUGACUUCCGGGAGAUGUGUGAAUAUCACCAGACAUCACCCUGCUCCUUUUUUUUCCAAAAAUCCUUUUGUUCCCUACAGCUUCCAUGUGCAAGACUGACGUACAUUGGGCACCGGCUGAUCAGCACCAAGUACACCAAGGGAGGAGGAAGUGUGAAAACCACUCAAGAACUCACAGAGGAGGAGAUCCCUGGAUUACUUAGAGAUAAGUUUGGGAUUGUCCUUAGUGGAAAACUCAUACUGAAGGAUGAAGAUAUGGUGAUGCCAACUCUACCUCAAUGAUUGGUGACCUGUUGCUAAAAAUGGCGGCACUUGACAUCAUACAUUUCAUAUAGUAAUCUUCUUACUGUAUUUACCAAGGUGUCUUGUCAUGGUCCUAUUA